AAUCCAAAAUCUUGGUCUCUCUCUCUCUCUCUCUCUCUCUCUCUCUCUCUCGGGGAACCCUCAAGAUCUAAUCCUAUGGCAGUGGUCGGGAGCGACCGCAGCCAGCUCCGAUCCCUUGAAUGCUCGUUGGAAUCCAUCGCUGCCUCCUGAGUCCAUCGCUGCCGAUCGGGAUUUCUUCCUCGGAUUCUUUAAUUCGAACUCGGAAGCCUCGGAUCCGUCUCCCUCCACGAUUCCUAGGGUUUGUGGAGGGUACUUUGAGUUCUCUCGGUUUUUCGCUCGAGAUCUUGGGUUUCUUUUAUUUUCGCCUUCUUGCUUUCUCGGCUGGGCUUCCAGCCAUUGCUGGAAUCUAGUGUUUCUUGCGUCGAGCCUGGAUUCUUUGUUGCAGUUCUUGGGGUUUCUGUCGACAAUCUUGUUUAAAAGGCUAGGCUUUUUCCGUCAUCGAUCUCCCUUCGACGACCGGAUCGACCGGAUUCUAGGUUUCCCCGCUUGUUUUUUUGCCUUUCCUCAAAAUUUCUCCCUAUAUCUGAAUACAGUCCGAGCUUUGUUGUCGCGGUCGCUGGUUUUUGUUUCCUAUUAUGUCGCCAUAUUAAAUAGGAUCUGGCUGGACCGGAAUCUUGGGUUUAAACUCGGUGCUUGCAAUCUUGAACAUGCCCUUGAACUGGAUCUGAGCGUUCUCCUCCCAAUCUUGCCACCAUGUGGAAGCAAUUCCUUAGUAAAUUACCCCGGAAGUCUUCGAAAUCUGAUUCUUCUUUAGAUUCCGCACAUAACCACUCCGGCAGCAAUGCCUCCUCUUCUGGCAACUCCAUCCAGCGGGCGAGCAGUGGGAAUGCCGGGCCAGGCCGAUCAACCACUGUUAAGCGGAUGUCUUCUGCUGUCUUUCCAUCCAGCGUCGUUGCUGGGAUUGAGCCUCUCCUGUCAUUCAAAGAUGUCCCAAACAACGAAAAACAGAACCUUUUCAUCAGUAAGCUGAAUCUCUGCUCCGCUGUUCUUGAUUUCUCUGAUCCAAACAAGAACUCCGCUGAGAAAGAUAUGAAGCGGCUGACCCUACUAGAUCUUGUUGAUUUCGUCAAUUCUGGGACCCCUCGGUUCACUGAGCCAAUGAUCUCUGCCAGUUGUAGGAUGUUUGCCAUUAAUUUAUUUAGGGUUUUCCCCCCAAAUUACCGAACCAACUCUUCGAGUGGUGGGGAGACCGAAGAAGAGGAGCCAACAUUCGACCCUGCUUGGUCCCAUCUGCAACUUGUGUAUGAAUUGCUUCUAAAAUUCAUUGCGUCCUCCUCCCUUGAUGCAAAGAUGGGGAAAAAGUACAUAGAUCAUUCGUUUAUCUUGAGAUUGCUCGGGCUCUUUGAUUCGGAGGAUCCAAGAGAAAGGGAUUGCUUGAAAACAAUCUUACAUAGGAUUUAUGGCAAAUUCAUGGUCCAUCGUCCUUUCAUCCGUAAGGUGGUAAGCAAUAUAUUCUAUAGGUUUGUGUUCGAGACAGACCGGCAUAAUGGGAUUGCUGAGUUGCUGGAAGUUUUUGGGAGUGUGGUUAGUGGAUUUGCGUUGCCUCUGAAGGAGGAGCACAAAAUUUUUCUCUGGAAAGUUCUUAUUCCUUUGCACAAACCAAAAUCAGUAGGUGUUUAUCUUCAACAGUUGACAUACUGUGUGACACAGUUCCUAGAGAAAGAGCCAAAGUUGGCGAGCUCGGUGAUAAGGGGGUUGCUGAAGUAUUGGCCUGUGACGAAUAGUCAGAAAGAGGUAAUGUUUUUGAGCGAGUUGGAAGAGGUUCUGGAAAUAACCAAUAUGGUGGAGUUCCAAAAGUGUAUGGUCCCAUUGUUCCGGAGAAUUGGCUAUUGUGUCAACAGUUCGCACUUCCAGGUUGCUGAAAGGGCUCUAUUCUUGUGGAACAACGACCAUGUGAUUAGUCUGGUAGCACAAAACCGGCAAGCUAUCAUGCCCCUUAUCUUCCCAGCUUUAGAGAAAAACAGCCGGAGUCACUGGAAUCAAGCAGUCCUGAAUCUAACAAUGAAUGUUAGGAAGAUGCUCUCUGAGAUGGACGAAGAGCUAUUUUUGGCUUGCCAAAGGAAGUUCAAGGAGGAGGAAGAGAGGAGAGUGGCAGUGGAGGAGAAAAGAAAGAUGACCUGGGAGCGUCUGGAGACUGCUGCCGCCUUUCGGCCAGUGACUGGAAACACAGCCGUCCUGGUGAGACCUGUUAUGACCCCUCCAAUGGCUGCAACUCUUACAUAAUUAUGACGUGGCACGGGCAAGGAGAGAUUAGGGUAGUUUAAAAUGCAUUCAAAUGGCUCAAGUAAGUUUUCCUUAUAUAUUUCUUGUAUUAUGGUGUUUUAUUAUUGUAACUACAUGGGAAUCUUUUGCUGCUCUGAAAGCAAGGCAUGUUGUAAUAGUGUUGGUACUUAUUUAUCUGUAUUGAUGCAUGUUUCUCCAUGAGUA